AUGCUGUACGAACUAAUCGGCGCGGUAUGUACAGCCAUGCUUAUCGGCUGGAUGAAUGAAACUGACAGUGCACAGGUCCGCCCAGGUCGUGGCGUCAAUGAAAUCAAAGAGUUCGUCUCUUCCUCCAACCCUACCCUAUCCAACAUCUAACCACCUGUUUGUAGAAUCACCAGAACAACGGGUAACAUCGUCCUGUCGGCUGGCGGGGUAGUACGAGGCGUCACAAACUGGGGCACCUUCAUGCUUCCCAAACCCGCGCGGAAACAAGGCGCAACCUACCGGGAAGGCCACUACUUCAUCCUACGAUUCGACUCGAGCGCGAGGACACAACACGCAGUACGGAGAACGUUGGGCUUAGAUCCGAGAUUGAUCAGAUAUAGCAUAGUCCAGAUGGGGACCAAGCUGGAGGAUAUCAAGGAUGUGGCAGGGCAAGCAGAAUGGGGAGCUUCUGCGAAGAGAUGA